CACUCCUCUCUGGUUCUUUGUCAUACGGAGUGAACAUGGAUCCACAAUAUGAAGGAAAUAAACUGCGUAUUAUCCUGGUUGGGAAAACUGGCAGUGGGAAGAGUGCCACAGGAAAUACCAUCCUUGGAAAGGAGGUUUUUCACAAAGAAUCAAGCUCCAAGUCAGUGACCAGGCAGUGUAAGAAAGCUACUGAAAUUGUUGAUGAUAAAGAAAUCACAGUGGUGGACACUCCUGGAUGGUGUGAUACGGAGCUAUCUGAUGAAGAGCUUAAGGAGGAAGCAGUCAAGUGCAUCGACCUGUCCUACCCUGGACCGCAUGUCUUUCUACUUGUGUUAAAGAUUGGUCGUUUCACAAAUGAGGAGAAAAAAACAGUCCAGAAAAUACAGGAGAUCUUUGGUGAUAAUUCCAUCAAAUUCACAAUGAUCCUGUUCACAAGAGGAGACGAUCUGGAGGAGGACAAACGUAUUAAUGACUAUGUAAGAGAGGCUACACAAGAUCUUAAAGCUUUAGUUGAUGAGUGUGGGGGCAGAUAUCAUGUUUUCAACAAUAAAGAUAAACACCGUAAACAAGUAUCAACACUCCUAAAGAAGAUCCAAGAUAUGGUGAGAAACAACAAUGGGCAGUGCUUUUCUAACACGACAUACCAACUAUUACACAAAUACAAAGCAAGAGAAGCCGGGUUAAAUGAGCAAAUCCAAGCUGCUGAGAGGGAGAAGCGAGCUAGAAAAGCUAGGUGCGAAAUACUGAUGAUGGAGAAUAAACACUACAGGCAGAGAGAAGCAGAGCUAGAGCAACGACUAAAACAACAACAACAGCAACAACAACGAACCAGAAAAAUGAUGUCUGCAAAUAAUCAAAAGGAAGAAGAAAGCAGAAACAUACCUGAACUAACACAGCAGCAGGAAAAAGAAAGGGCUGAAAAGGAAGCAAUGUUUAAAUCUCAACAAGAAAAGUGGAGAAAUAAGCUGCGUAUUAUCCUGAUUGGGAUAACAGGAUGUGGGAAGAGUGCCACAGGAAAUACAAUCCUUGGAAAGGAGGUUUUUCACAAAGAAUCAAGCUCCAAGUCAGUGACCAGGCAGUGUAAGAAAGCUACUGAAAUUGUUGAUGAUAAAGAAAUCACAGUGGUGGACACUCCUGGAUGGUGUGAUACGGAGCUAUCUGAUGAAGAGCUUAAGGAGGAAGCAGUCAAGUGCAUGGACCUGGCCUACCCUGGACCUCAUGUCUUUCUACUUGUGUUAAAGAUUGGUCGUUUCACCAAUGAAGAGAAAAAAACAGUCCAGAAAAUACGGGAGGUCUUUGAUGGAGAUUCCAAUAAAUACACAAUGAUCCUGUUCACAAGAGGUGACGAUCUGGAUGGAAACAAACGUAUCAUUGACUAUGUAAGAGAGGCUUCACCAUCUCUUAAAGCUUUAGUUGAUGAGUGUGGGGGCAGAUAUCAUGUUUUCAACAAUAAAGAUCAAAACCGUAAACAAGUAUCAACACUCCUCAAGAAGAUCCAAGAUAUGGUGAGAAACAACAAUGGGCAGUGCUUUUCUAACACGACAUACCAACAAUUACAAAAAUACAUACCAAAAGAAGCUGAGUUAAAGAUGCAAAUCCAAGCUGCUGAGAGGGAGAAACGAUUCGUAUUAGUGAACGAGAGGAAUAAACACUACAGGCAGAGAGAAGCAGAGCUAAAGGAACAACUAAGACAAAAACAACAACAACAACGAACCAGUAAAUUGAUUGACCAGUUUACAAUGAUGUCUGCAAAUAAGCAAACGGAAGAAGAAUUAAAAGCUAUAAUUCAUGAACUAAAACAGCAGCUGGAAAAAGAAAGGGCUGAAAAGGAAGCAAUGUAUAAAUGUCAACAAGAAAAGUGGAGUUGCUCUGACCCUUCAGCCGUGACAGGAAGUUCCGGAGACUCAUGUUCAGACCUAUCAGCCAUGGAAGGAAGUUCAGGAGACUCAGGUUCAGACCUUUCAGCCAUGACAGGAAGUUCCGGAGACUCAGGUUCCACGAAUCUGGAGACCACUGUACUUAAGACCACCCCACUAGGAACACUAGCUGCCCGCACUGACACCAGUGGAGUGUCCACCAGACUCGAGACUAGCCGUUUGUUCCAGAAAUUCACCAGUGGAGGUAUGGCAAUAGCCAUCUUGAAAACAGGUGCAAUCAUGGCGGCGGCCAUUUUGGGAACUGGUGCAGGCCUGGCGGCCCUCUUAGAGAAAGGUGUUCUUCUGAUUGCCAUCCUGGACAUAGAUAAAGGGCAUGGUGGCAUCGAUUUUAGGAACAGGGACAGACAUGGUGGCGGCCAUUUUAGGAACGGAGACAGAUCACAAGGAACAAGCCCAGCCCUUAUAAACUCACUCCUGUCUGGUUCUUUGUCAUACGGAGUGAACAUGGAUCCACAAUCUGAAGGAAAUGAGGUGCGUAUUAUCCUGGUUGGGAAAACAGGAUGUGGGAAGAGUGCCACAGGAAAUACCAUCCUUGGAAAGAAGGUUUUUCAACAAGAAUCAAGCUUCAAGUCAGUGACCAGGCAGUGUAAGAAAGCUACUGAAAUUGUUGGAGAUAAAGAAGUCACAGUGGUGGACACUCCUGGAUGGUGUGAUACGGAGCUAUCUGAUGAAGAGCUUAAGGAGGAAGCAGUCAAGUGCAUGGACCUGGCCUACCCUGGACCUCAUGUCUUUCUACUUGUGUUAAAGAUUGGUCGUUUCACCAAUGAAGAGAAAAAAACAGUCCAGAAAAUACGGGAGGUCUUUGAUGGAGAUUCCAAUAAAUACACAAUGAUCCUGUUCACAAGAGGUGACGAUCUGGAUGGAAACAAACGUAUCAUUGACUAUGUAAGAGAGGCUUCACCAUCUCUUAAAGCUUUAGUUGAUGAGUGUGGGGGCAGAUAUCAUGUUUUCAACAAUAAAGAUCAAAACCGUAAACAAGUAUCAACACUCCUCAAGAAGAUCCAAGAUAUGGUGAGAAACAACAAUGGGCAGUGCUUUUCUAACACGACAUACCAACAAUUACAAAAAUACAUACCAAGAGAAGCUGAGUUAAAGAUGCAAAUCCAAGCUGCUGAGAGGGAGAAACGAUUCGUAUUAGUGAACGAGAGGAAUAAACACUACAGGCAGAGAGAAGCAGAGCUAAAGGAACAACUAAGACAAAAACAACAACAACAACGAACCAGUAAAUUGAUUGACCAGUUUACAAUGAUGUCUGCAAAUAAGCAAACGGAAGAAGAAUUAAAAGCUAUAAUUCAUGAACUAAAACAGCAGCUGGAAAAAGAAAGGGCUGAAAAGGAAGAAAUGUAUAAAUGUCAACAAGAAAAGUGGAGUUGCUGUAUUUCAUGAAAGCCUUGUUAAUCUAGAGGUUUCUUAUAAGUUUUUCAGAAUUACUCAUAAUGUAUCUCAAUGGUAAAAUGAUUUUGGAUUUUAAAAACACAUGGAUUGGAUUUUUAAGACACUUACUAUCUAAUCAAUUCACGCUUUUAAAAACACAUUUAUAUUGUCUCUUUAAUUCUGUCUGCUCCAUGAUUAAAAAACCUUUAAAAAAUCUGUAUAACUGUUUAGUAAAUCAUCAGACAGAUGAUUUUAGAAUUGUGUUUCUUAUAUUGCAUCAUAAAUUCAGUGUAAUUUUUGUCUCAUAAAGAAAAUGUUGUAGCGACUUUCAUCCUGCACAACAAAAACAUUGCUCACUUUCUCACUUUAGUGGUGAGGACUCCAUCAAAGUGCAUUUUAAAGUAAAAUAGAUUCAGAUUUUAUAUUUUCUAAUAAAAAAAACUUUAAGCACUGUCA